AUGGACAUUGGAAUGGGUGCUCAGUCUCAGAAUUCGGGUAACAACUGCCAGGUCUCUGUUGGUGGUGUUUUCCAAAAUCUGACUAUCAGUAGUCUGACACGUGUGGUGGUUAUUGAACAAAGGAGCAACCAGUUCUCAUGGAAAACCGUCUGGAACUACAACAUGGGUAUCAUUGCAACCAAAUUGCUGCAACAGAACACCUGCUACAUUUCUGUCAUGAACAGAAAUGAGAUGCCCAGCUUUGAGAAUCUAGCCUACCUGGCUUCACAGAAUGGGAACCAGGUUGGCCUUGGAAGACCUACCAAGAGGAUUGCCUUUGUCACCAAUGGACUGGUCAACAACCUCUACUCCUAUGGAGCAGACAUCAUGGCUAUGUGCAGUGGACUCACCACCUACAUGGCUACCGAAGUUAACAGACUCCAGGUGAAUCUGGGAUCGUGCAUUACCCUUGAAGUCCUGAGAAUUGUGGAGCUGAAUUACUGCAAUGGCAAUGGCAGUUGGAAUGGCAAUUUCCCGUCUCAGCAGAUUCCAGGUGGCAUCUUCAACAACACACAGGGCAACAUCUUCAACCACACUCAAGUCAUCAUUGGUGGCCAGUCCCAAACUGUGACCAUCAACAGGCAAUGGCGUGUGGCUGUCAUUGAGAAAAGGGCUGGCAUUGGGUCCUGGAAAACCAUCUGGAACUACAACACGGGCAUCAUUGCAACCAAAGUCAUGCAGCAGAACGCCUGCUACAUUUCCAUCAUGAACAGAAGCCAGAUGCCCCGCUUUGAUAACCUGGCCCGCCUGGCAGAAGAGAGCAGGAACCAGUUUGGUCUUGGAAGACCUACCAAGAAGAUCACCUUUGUCACCAAUGGAUUGGUCAGCAACCUGAGGUCUUAUGGAUCAGAUGUCUUCUCUAUGUGCAGUGGACUCACCACCUACAUGACUUAUGAAGUUCAUGGAGUCCAAGUCAAUCUGGGAUCAUGCAUUACCCUGGAUGUCCUGAGAGUCGUGGAUCUGAAGUACUGCACUGGCAAUGGCAAUGGACAAUCUCAGCAGGUUCCCGGUGGUGAGGGCAACACUCAAGUCAUCAUUGGUGGCCAGUCCCAAGUUGUGACCAUCAACAGGCAAUGGCGUGUGGCCGUCAUUGAGAAAAGGGCUGGCAUUGGGUCCUGGAAAACCAUCUGGAACUACAACACGCUGGCCUAG